AUGGUGAGAACAGCUCAAACUUCACAGGCAUCCGCCCAACCUAGCGGAUGGAUUCAACGGGAAUAUGCCGACCAUGAAGGCAAAAUUGUCAUUUUGGGGAAGGAUGCCAACGAAAGCCAAUUCUAUAAGCCGGAGGGAGGUGAAGCUUACCGACUUCAAAUAUACAGCACGGGUCCCAUCCAGCAGGAAGAGCUCAAGAAGCUGUAUCAAUAUUUCUGCUUUAACCUCAGCCAGCUUCCAUUUUUGGAAAUUUAUUCAUGCAACCCAGCGGACGGUUUGGCAUGCGUGGAGCAUCAGCGUCGUGAAGUUGCCCAUCGCAAGCGUCUCCAUGCCGAACAGCGCGAAGGCGAACAUGACGAGUCUCUUCCCCCUUUGAUUCCAACCAUGCGAACUGGCUUCAAUGAUCAGUUCAUGUCUGGAUUUUGUUUCCUUCUCACGUCGAAGAGCUACCUCCAGGGUUCAUUCGCAGACAAUGAGCACGGUACAGGGCCCUGGUGGAUCAGCUUCGAUCGGAGUCUUCCGUCCACAGUGAAGAAGUUGGACUUGAUUAAACGUCUUGACAGUCCGGCGACUGAUCUUCAAACUUUUGCUGAGUGGGGGAUUGCAGUCAAUCCUGAAAUUCGCGAUAUCGAUGUGAAUAUUACAACCGACCAGACUGAAAUAAACUCCGACAUGAAAGAUCUUUUAAGAGGAAUCUACUCGACAUUUGUUUAUGGGGAAAUUGAUUAUGGACUCCAUGAACCGCUCCCACCCGCACCCUCCGAGGGGACUCCGACCUUGCAACAUAUCCAGGAGGUUCUGGAGCAGCAGCAGCAAUCUGCAGAAGUCCAAUCUGUGGACUUGAGUUUACUUCGUCUUACAUUGGGACCUGAAAACAAUACUGUCACAGUCACGAACAGCUCUUCGGGCGGGGAAUGCGACCUUCAAUACGUGAUCUACGUUCAAUUCCUCGCGAAUGUUGACCAGGAAAAGGCUGCCCUCCUGGAGACCACUGCACGCACAUUCACAGCUGGCGUUAUCUCCUGUCUCCCUGCUUCCAAAACAAUUUAUUUCGAGUUCCGGAUUCCUGGCUUGUCCUUGUCUUCCAUUAUAUCCGCUCCACCCAAUGGAUUUGAUGUCGGCGCCUCCCAUGAAUUUGAGGCGGGUUCGGUCAUGCGGGCACUACCUCAGAUUCGCCGUGACGUUUCUGUCCACCCGUUACCCCAUCACUUCUUCACUGUGGUUCUUGACAAGCCUGCCUUUAUCCAAGAACCAAGUGUGUUGUUCUACAUCCUCUGGACCGACCCUUCGCAAUACAUUGAACCACAGUCCACUGAUACCGUUAUUGGGACUAUGCGAAGCGCUGGUAUUCAAGAAGCUGCAAGAAGGCUUGCAAUGCUUGCGGUGGAGGAGAGAAUCACCGAGAGUCCAAGGAGGCUCACGCGGGAAGAGCAUAGGGAAUUAUUAUCUUUGUCGCCGGAGGAGUACGAGCAGAAGAUGAAUUUCUAA